UAGCAACGCGUAGCAAACUUUGUUGAAGAAAUUAUAAAAUUAAAUCAAGAAUAAAAAUGUGUUUUGGAAACGAACUAAAAUGAGCCUCUGAGUUAUCAGUUCAUUGAAGAUGUUAAAAUAGAAAACUUUGUUUAAAAAAUGAAUUCAACGGACAGUAACUUUGAAGUGAAAGCAUCCUAUCCUUUUGUCUUUUGGUCGUUCUUGACUUUUGAGGUGGUAAUAAUUGUUUUUGGCAACGCUAUGGUGUGUUGGUGCUUUUAUAGAAGCAAACAACUACGCACAAAACAAAGUUACUUUGUAAUAUCUUUGAUUUUAAGUGAUAUAUUUGUUGGUAUUGCAGUACCACCAUGCGAAUAUUGUGCUUUUAAAAAAGGAAUUGCAGAAAAGAAAAAUAAUUCGUGUUUAAUAUAUUGUGGUAGUCUUAUAAGUUUUACUACAUUAGCUUCAGUCAUAAAUCUGGUGCUUAUUGCAGGGGAUCGUUUUUUAUCGAUUACUUUGCCAUAUAAAUACCAUGCAUUUUUAUCAAAACAAAGAGCAAAAAAAAUUAUUGCGAGUGGCUGGAUGCUUACUGCACUUCUCACAGCAACGCCAUUUACGUGGCAAUUAAAUAAGAACAUCAGUGAAAGUUUUUCCGAAAGAAUUAAUCUUAUAUAUACAAUAAUUGUGUUUGGCAUGGUAGUGAUAAUCGGGUUAUUAAUUUGCUUUAUAUAUGCUAAAAUUGUAUUUGUUGUAAAACAAAAACUAUCCGGUGAAAAAGCGAGAAACCCUGCGGCUCUGAAAGUAAGCAUCAUGGUAGCAAUAAGUUUCUUUGUUUGUUGGAUUCCGACAUUGGUAGUUGAAAUCAUGCUGCAAAGUAGCAUAAAUUUAAAUGAAUAUGUUCCUUUAGUAUCAUAUUGCAUUCUUUUGUUUAAUCCUUGUUUAGAUCCAAUUUUUUACGCUUACUAUAGAAAAGAUAUUCGGAAAGAAGUUCAAAGAUCGCUUUCUAGCCUGACCAGAAAUUCGGUGUUUGAGUAUGCACAAACGGCAAGAAAGAGUUUUCGUUCAGAAUCGAACUAAAAAAAUAAUAUUUAUCAAUUGUAUUUAUUUAUAUUUAAAUUAAGUGCUUUAUUGUCAUUAA